AUGGGUUCUCAGGGGUUUUCUUUCCCACCCCCUCCCCCGCCGCCACCACCUACCCAACAACCAACCGCUUAUCCUCCAACUCAACAUGGACACAAUUGGGGUGGACGAGGUGGAGCUCAAAGAGGACGUGGAAGAGGUCAGGGUCAUCGAGGCAGAGGUGGCCAUGCUGAGGGGGGUCGGACACCAUCCUAUCCCGCGCCCGGAGGCUUCAAUUACGCCCAAACGAAUUAUGCCGGCUACCCCAGUCAACCUGUUCAUGCAGCGCCUUAUAUGCCGCCGGCGCCAUACCCCCACGGACAAUCGCAAGGUUACCAGAACCCUCAGGGGGCAUCAACAUUCCCCAAUGCCCCAUUCCCGCAGCCGGUGGCUGCGACGAGCUACCAACAUCUACCCUACAAUGCGCCCGCCAAUCAAGCUGCGCCCUAUCACUCGACUCCGCCGUACAUGCAGGGACUACCGACUCCGCACCAUAGCCAUCAAUCCAACAGCCAAGCAAUGAUGGGCGCCAUGCCAUGGGGGAGUGAUAUGCACGGGCAAUACAUGGGAGCUCAGCCAGGGCAGGCACGAGGGCCUCGACCCCACGCGCAUGGAAACUACGGCUCAAAGCCCAAACCGAACCAGAAGCGAGAUCAUGCCUCCGCUUUCACCAAGCCUCAGUCUACUGUUCCUCGACCAGCUGCUGCCCCAGCCGUGCCCAGCUUUGGGAACCCUCUACCUUCGAAACCCCCACCCGCUGCAGAUGCCACAGGCAAUCGCAAGACGAAGAAAAGGAAGAGGAAGCACAACCAGCUGGGAUUGACUCCGAACGCUGACGAUCACGAGUCCAGCGAGGAGGACGAAGCGGAGGGCGCUGAUGAAGAAAGCAAGCUCGCGCAAAACGGAUCCAAUGCCGAAGCACUCCAGGUCUCCUACAAGGGCAAGACCUCUACCUUAAAAACGCCAUCCGAAAUUGCCGCCUGGAUUGCAGAGCGAAAGAAGAACUAUCCCACUCAGGCUCGAGUCGCAGAAAAAAAGAAAGCCGCCGAGGAGGCAAAGGCCUCUCGGGAAGCUGCUCGUCAGAAGACACAGGAGCAGCAGCAGGCUCAGUGGAAGGAGGGCCGCAAACAGAGCGAGAAAACACCAAACGCUCCAUCAGACUCUGGGGCAGAUCCGGAUACAAAGCGUAGGGAAGAAAUCCGGCGCAAUCUCGAACGAGAGCAGGAACGCAUUGCUAAAGCUGUGGCUGAGGCCGACGCAGCUCGUCUUCGCUUGGAAGCUUUACAGAAAGAAGCAUUGAGUCUCAAUACGGAAUGCAUCAAGGAAGAAGAUCAGACAGUCAAAGAUGAGCCAAUUACGGAUUCGCACGACAAUAUUGCCGCGCUUAAUAUUAAAACCGAACCAGCCGACAACGAUGAGCCGCAGGAAGCCACUUCUAGCUCCGAACCCAGCGCUCCCGCGUCCUGGGUGAAGAAGGAGCCAGAGUGCGUCCUCGAAGCGCCGGAAGUCCCAGCCAGUGCUCCCUUCGGCGCCCCCACUCCUCAUGACAUGAAAGCUGUGAAUGAAUUGUCCAAUCAGGGCAGUGACUGGACAUCGUCAGAUGGCUCGGAUUCUGAUUCCGAGGCACAUUCCGACUCCGACAGCGCGCCCGAACAAGCCAGUUCACGCCGUACGGGACCAGAGCGCGUCCCACCCCCACCCCGCCAAAGCAAGGUCAAAAGUAUUUGCCGCUAUUUCAGCAGCGGGAAGUGCAGAAAAGGCGACCAGUGCACAUUCCUUCACGAUACCGCCGAAGGUGGUCCCAAAGCAAAGCCAGAAAAGAAGGCCGAGAAAGAGACUCGACGCAAGGGACUUUACCAAGCCGUGAGUGUCCCGAAAACCGUUUUGAAAUCCCACUAA